GACUAUGUGAAAGGUGCUUAUUUGUUACUGUGAGAAGCUCGUGCAGAGAGGAGAGUGCAUAAAUUGGUUUUGCCAAUGAUAAAAUUCAUUCUUUUUGGUCCUCGGGGCUUAGUUCAGUUGCCAAAGGUUGAGGAACUCGUGACUCAGGUCACAUAUUUGAGCCCUGCGCCAUCCAAACUAAGCCUGGUAUUUAAGUGGAGAAGGGUGGAGGGGCGGGCCAUUAUCCCCGAGUUUAGAAGGUUGCGGUUGGUCCUAAGGGUUCUUCUCAGACGGAUUUCUCGGUCAUAAAAAUCUUGCAGUUCUGAGUGGCAAAGCGAUUCCAUAUGAAAUGGCUUAUGAUAACUCCUCCACGCUUGAGCCUAAACGUUCCCAUCAAUGGUUCAUGGAUGGUGUCGAGCCUGAAUUGCUUCCCAACAAGAAGCAAGCCACUGAAGUACCUAAUCAUAGUUCGUUCGCUGGACUUUUAAGUUCCAACAUUGCUCCGUGGAUGAACACUUCUGGUUUCCACUCAGUUCCAGGCCAAUAUGCAGAAAGGCACUUUGAUGAUGAAAGUGCAAGAUCGGUCAACUUUGAUGACAGAAGUGUUCCAUCCGUUGGCAUUGGCAACAUUAAUGUGGCUAGAAAGGUGAUGGAAGAUUCAUUUGGAAGUGAUUCCUCGUUUGGUUUAUCCAUAUCCCAUUCAAUGGAGGAUCCUAGAUCAGGUCUUAACUAUGGUGGUAUCAGAAAGGUCAAAGUCAACCAGGUGAAGGAGGCUGAGAAUUUCAUGCCUGUGUCAAUGGGUGAUACCUACACCAGAGUGAUCAGCAAUGCAAUGUCAACAGAUCAUGCUUUUACUAAGGCUGAGGAUAGUUGCAUAGCUAUGGGGCUCUCUUUUAACGGAGGUGAUGAUCAUAUGAUGUCGUUAGGUGACACCUUUAAUAGGGAGGAUAACAACUUCAUAUCUAUGGGUCAACCUUUUAACAAAGUGGAGAGCAACUCACUAUCAGUGAGUCACCCUUUCUGUAAAGAUGAAAGCAAUAUUACUAUGCUGAGUCAAAGUUUUAGCAGAGAGGAUGAUAGCACUAUAUCAGCGAGUCACUCAUUCAAGGACAAUAAUACUGCUAUAUCAAUGGAUCAGUCAUUUAGUAAUGAUGAUAGCAAUAUUACUUCAAUUUGCCAAACUCUUAGUAAGGUCGCUGACACCAAUCCACCCAUGAGCCACUGCUACAGCAGAGUCAAUGACAAUACAAUAUCAGUGAGUCAGACCUAUAGCAAAGUUGAAAACAAUAAUUUGUCAAUGAGCCAAUCUUUUGGCAGGGGAGAAAGCAAUAUCAUAUCUUUUGGUGGAUUCAAUGAUGAUGACGAUAUAAAUUCUUCUGGAAGGCUGAUUUGCAGUUAUGACUUAUUAAUGAGUCAGUCUUCAGGCCAACAAUCGGAUAUUAUGACUGGAAAGCGAUUGGUUGAGUCAAAUGCCGAUACAGUUACAAGUGCUACUCAAAUGGCUGGCAAUAAUGAAGUUAUUUCUAAAAAGGAGGAGCAGAAAGCAGCUAAAAAGCCUCCUUCGAACAGCUUCCCUUCAAAUGUGAGAAGCUUGCUCUCAACUGGUAUGUUAGAUGGAGUAUCUGUCAAGUAUAUAGCUUGGUCUAGAGAGAAGGAGCUCCGUGGUAUUAUAAAAGGUUCUGGUUACCUCUGUAGCUGUCAGUCAUGUAACUUUUCCAAGGCAAUUAAUGCUUAUGAGUUUGAGCGCCAUGCCGGUUGUAAGACAAAACACCCUAAUAAUCAUAUAUACUUUGAAAAUGGGAAGACAAUCUAUGGGAUUGUUCAGGAGCUCAGGAACACACCUCAGGAUUUAUUAUUUGAAGUUAUUCAGACAAUUACUGGAUCGUCUAUUAACCAAAAAUCAUUUCGCAUCUGGAAAGAAUCUUUUCUAGCUGCGACACGUGAACUUCAGCGUAUAUAUGGGAAGGAUGAGGUCAGGCGACUGUCAUAAAGAGGAAUCCAUAUGCAAGAUUGACAACCAAAGUGAACAGGUGGCCGGCUCAAAGAGACUGUAUUUCUCCUUUUGCUAUUCGUCUCUCAUAGUUGAUGACUCUGUUAUUGCCGUGAUCCAUGGUAAUAAUUCUUGUCAGAGAAAUUAUGGCUGUAUAUUAUAUCUUUCGUUUGUUUCUACAUUUUGUUAACAGAUGUAUGUAAAUUAGAAGUACAUAAGUUUUUGCGCGCUGGUUAGUUCAGUGAGAAUCUAUGUUUUAGAAAUUUCCCCAACUGAGUGAUGUAUGUAGGUACCGUAGUUUUGCGCCUGACCAUCGGCAAUGCAAUGGGGGGGGGGGGGGUAUCCUACAUUUCUUUUUUACAUUUUUCUGCUGUUCUGUUCUUUAGGUGCUCUCCCAUUGGCAGUGCACCAAACUUGUCACUACUGAAUUGAAAAUUCCUCUAUCUUGUGGAUUUUAGGCAUUUUAAAGUUUGAUAGCUAGCUCAGGGCAAAACUUUGUAGUGCUAAGUUUAGGCACACGAAUAUUAUGAGGUACGUCAUCCUUGUGAAGUUAAA